AUGUCUCAUCGUAGCUCCCAAGUUUGCACCCGCUGGGAUGACGACGAAGAUGACGACUUCUCCAUAGGCGAAUACCUGAAAGAGCACGGAGAGCGACCCAAACAGAAUGACCCUACAGUCGAUACCACUUAUAUGGCUACCGAGAUCAUCACGCUCGGCUCCCAUGAAGAUUCGACCAGCGAAGACAAAUACGAAGAGUCAAUCUCAAUUUCAACCCCUCUGACGAUUGCUCCUCCACCAGGCCCAAAUCCAAGCAUUCCAUUGACCACCAUCGCAGCCGCUAAUGGCUCCGCCGUCACCAUCCCAAACCGGCGGCCGUCGACAUACCAGGACUGGGUGCAGUUGAAGUUGUGGUUAGGCUAUCCAAUCGAUGGACACUUUGUGUGGCCUUCCAGAUUGCGACAUCAGAUACAAUCCCCAGGGACAGAGGCUGGAGACGGUAGCAGCAGCGCCAGCGAGAAUAUUGGUGGAGGGUUUAGCUCAUCGGACUCUAAAACUUCAGGUUCUACCCGGGCCUCCUCUCCUACAUCUGAGGAGAUUGUUGAGGCAACUAAAGAAGAACCAGCUGGUAGCAUCCGACCCAAACAUCCUCGCUACAAUCACACUAUCACUGGUCUAGCCACUGCAUCAAAAUGGGCAUAUAGCAACCCGGCUGCCUUCCGCAUCACUCGUUGCCGCCAAAAGAAUCAUGAAAUCUACUCCAAAUCAGUGAUUCUCAAGGCACUAGAGUCAAGCCGACGUUGA